CUCCCUCCCUCCCCUCCUCCUCCAGUGGAGAGAGACCGUGAGGAGAAAGGGAACACGCGUGUGAAGUGACAGAGACGCAUCGACCAGAGAGGCAGCAACAUGAGCGCUGCGGCCGCUGCCCUGUCCGACGGCGCGACCUCGCGGAGCUCCGCCGCCGUCGUCGUCGCCGCCGCCGCUGCCGCCACUGCCACCGCCGCCGUCGACCAACCCCAACCCCAACCCCCCGACGACUUCGUGGACGACCGGCCCCCGGUGGAUGAUAUCUUCGACAGCACCUACAGGGAGAAGCAGGGCGCCAAGCCCCCCAUGAGGCUCGUGUGGAGGAACAUCGUCAUGAUGAGUCUGCUCCAUCUGUCCGCCGCCUACGCCGUUUUCCUCGUGCCUUUCGCCAGCCUCCCGACCCUGCUCUGGGCCACUGUCUAUUUCUUUCUGAGUGCCCUGGGAGUGACUGCUGGAGCUCACAGACUGUGGAGUCACAGGUCUUAUCGAGCCACUCUGCCCCUUCGUGUGUUCCUGGCUGUUGCCAAUUCCAUGGCUUUUCAGAAUCAUAUUUUCGAAUGGGCCCGGGACCACAGGGUCCAUCACAAGUUCUCCGAGACAGACGCCGACCCUCAUAACGCCUCUCGUGGGUUUUUCUUCUCUCAUGUGGGAUGGCUCAUGGUCCGCAAGCACCCAGAUGUGAUCGAGAAGGGCCGAAAACUGGACCUGAGGGAUCUGAAAGCCGAUCCGGUCAUCAUGUUUCAAAAAAAGUACUACAAGCCCUCUGUGGUGGUCAUGUGUUUCCUGGUUCCCACAUUGAUCCCCUGGUACUUCUGGGGUGAGUCGGCCUGGAAUGCCUACUUCAUUGCCUCUAUCCUGCGGUACACCCUGGUACUGAAUGCGACCUGGCUGGUGAACAGUGCCGCCCACAUGUUCGGCAACAGGCCCUACGACAAGUUCAUCAACCCCCGGGAGAACCGAUUUGUCGCCUUUGGGGCAAUAGGGGAAGGAUUCCACAAUUACCACCACACCUUCCCGUACGACUACUCCACCAGCGAAUACGGCUGGCGUUUCAACAUCACCACCUGCUUUAUCAACUCGAUGUGUUGGCUGGGACUGGCCAGUAACUGCAAAAGUGUGUCCAAGGAGGUGAUUGUGGCUCGGCGGAUGAGGACUGGGGACCGCAGUGUACGGAGUGGCUGAGUGCUGAGCCCCGGUGAGCACACUGUCAAAACGAAUACAAAAAAAAACCCGACUCCUAGACGCUUCCCCGAAUGCCAAAGACGCCACCACUCAAAAUGUCAGUGGCUGCCGUUCAAGGCGACAGCUCAUCAGCAACGUGCGAUGGAAUCCUUACACGAACAAAAUAAUCAGCGUCCGAUCCAUUUUGCGGGGCAGUUUAAAUGGGCGGCAGGCAAAAAAAUUAAAUAAUUUUUAGUGGGACAGCUUUUAAUGUUACGCUUAAUUGUCAAAAACACCAGAUGUGUUCGUUCUGAGCAUUGGAAUUAACAUCUCGCUGAAUGGUGAUCUUUGGAGUCAUUCAGUGUCUCACUUUCCUCUCCCAGCCCAAUCACCACUCCCCCCCCCCCCCCCCCACCACAUCGCUCCCCCCUCCUUGCCUUUUUACCAGUGUAUUCCAGUGUUAGCAUUCUGAGCCCGUGGGUGGGUGGGAAUUACCCCAUCCCCACCCCAUCCCCUGCCUGCUCUCCCCCACCCCACCCCAAAGAUUGAGUGCUCCCUCUCUUGGCGAAGAGGCAUAAUCCUGGAGGGAGAUGGGAGUCAAUGGGAUAAUUCUGAAACAUUUAACAGAGUGAGGGGAAGGGGAUGGGGAACAAAACCAAGAGGGAGAUUUCGUGGGUGGGGGUGGGGGAGAGUGAGGGGGAUUAACAGCACGUAACGAGAGGUCUGGUGCUUCUUUACAGCUGAGUGCUUCCAGCACACAAUGUACGAGUUAAUGAUCGGAACGCUUUCAAAUUUCGGUAUCCCAUCGCCACCUCCCAUCCGUGUUUCGAAUCGCCCUCUGACUCUUGAUUGGCAGUCCGGUCAACGCCUCCAGAAAUGCCAGCAGUCACUCCCCCACCCCCAUUUCCUUCUUCAUUUGUACUCUCACAGUAAAAAAAAAUGCCCGUCGCAAAGUUCACUUUCCUUUUCUUGCGUUGAGCAUUUUAUUUCAAUGUUGUUCCCUAUCGUUCCUUCUCCUCCCCAAACCCCCCACUCCUUUCCUGUUUCUGUCCAUCUCCUCCUCUGUCAUUGCCUUUCAUUAAUGUAGAAAUCAAAUUAAUUUAACUAAAAUCCAAGAUUAUAGCCCAAUUGUUUUGUAAGAGAGAGAGCGCGGGAAAGAUGCACAGUUGUUGUGUGUGUGAAAUGUGAGGCUGUGGAUGUGUGUGUGUAUGGAAGAUGUGAGAAAGAUGUGUGUAUGUGCAUGUGUGAGAGAUAUGAGAGUGUGUGUGUGUAUGAGCAAGAGAGAUGUUAAGACAGUCUGUGUAUGUGAAAGAAAUGCAAGACUCUGUGUGUGUGUGUGUGUGUAUGUGUAUAUAUAUAUGUGUAUAUAUAUAUAUAUAUGGGGAUGCGAGGCGGUGUUUGUGAGAGAAAGGGAGGACAGUCAGAGUGCGGGGAAGAGUGAAGGAUAGAGGAAGUUAUCAAUACUGUACUUGUAACACUAUCAAAACAGAAUAUUAUUGUUACAUAGUAGCCACUUUGCACCAAAAUAGAGAGUGUGUUGGUGAGCAGGAUGAUGGAUACACACACACAAAAUCUGCUCCAGCUGUAAACACCCGGUUGAUCACAGGUGUCCAGUACAGGAUUCCCGUGGCGUACAUUGAAAUGAUCAGAGCAUUGCUGUGAUUUUGCAUUGGUUGUAAGACUGGGAGGUCUUUGAGCUAUGUGGUUCGACUGCUGUGUAAUAAAUUAAAUGAUCAUUUAUAAAUUAAAA